AUGACUGUCAGCGUGUAUCCAGUGUCUAGUGGACAGACUCUUGAUUCAUUGAAACACCAAUUGAAAGGUUCAAAGUUGGUGGUUCCAGCUAUCUCUAUCGGUAAUGUCCCACAAUUAUCAGUUGAUCUAUUGAUACAUAAUUUACAAUUGAAGUUAGUUGCAAGACUGGAUACAUUGUUCUUAUAUCCUUUUGCAGCACCAGUUGAUUAUGCUGGUGAUCAUAAGGAAGUGGCGAAGGAUGGCUCAGCAUCAACUGCUUUAGAAUUAUAUUACAAUGAAGAAUUGAAAUUAUCAGUCAUACAACAAAGAUCACCAAUCAUACCGGAUUACUCUCAAAAUUUCUUGGAUUACUUGGUAACAGUUAUUAAAGAACUUGGAUUUGGUAAAGUUUUGAUACUUGAUUCAAAUGAUUAUGGAUUGAAAGGUGAUGUUGAUUUUGAAAAACCACUCGAACUUUUCUCAAACGAAUUAGAAGAAAGAUUCAAAUCAUUGAAAGUGUCCAAUACAAACGACCUGGAUAAAGUCAAGGAAAGUUUCACAACUUUUACAAAUGCAUUGGUCACAGAGGUCAACAAAAUCAAAGAAAUCACAUUACAAGCACUUUUGAUGUAUGUUUAUGAAGGUGAUAAUUUCUUCGAUGCACAAGUUGUUACUAAGGAAGUAUUUGACCUUCUGAAGAUUGCACAACCAAAAGAAUUGAUCAAACCAAAAUCAUGGGAAGGUGCCUAUGGUGAUAGACCAAUUCCAACAAACUUUGAAGAAGGUUUGUUUGGUUAA